GGGUGGUCUUACAUGUAGGCGAAACACUCAUACACAGAAAAUAAAUCCAAAAAUCUAAAUAAAUAAAUAGUAUAUAUAAAAAUUGAAGAAAAAAUUUAAAAGUGGCAGACCAUUGAAUCAACCAUUGUUAGAAUGAAAUAUUUGGCCAGGUGUAGUGGUGCAUGCCUUUAAUCCUAGCACUUGGGAGGCAGAGGCAGGUGAUCUCUGUGAAUUCAAGGCCAGCCUGGUCUACAUAUGGAGUUCCAGGUCAGCUGGGGCUACAGGGAGACCCUGUCUCAAAAAGACCCCCCUCCCCCCCCAAAAUUUGCCACUGUUAAUGUGUAUUUCACAAAUAAAAUGUAAUAAUUGUGGCAUUCAAAUGCAUAUAUUUUAAUUUGAUUAACCCAGAAACUAUUAUUGAACAUUUAAGCUUUAAAAAUUGUUAUUUUAAAAAAAUACUGUGAAUGAGUACUAUUUAUAAAUUUCUAAGUAUAUCUAAGAGUAUUCCUUUAUAAUAGUUUCCUUGAUAUGUGUUUAUUCUUUCCCUGUGUUCAGAAAAGGCCUGGGAUCUGGUUGAACCUAAUAUUUUUGUUAUUUCAGGUGACAUUUAGUGAUGUGGCUAUAGACUUCUCUCAUGAAGAGUGGAUGCAGCUAGAUUCUGCUCAGAGGGAUUUAUAUAAGGAUGUGAUGAUCCAGAAUUAUGAGAGCCUGGUCUCUCUAGCAGGUCUUGCCAUAACUAAACCCUAUGUGAUCACUUUACUGGAGGAUGGAAAAGAACCCUGGAUGGUGGAGAAAAAACUGUCAAAGGGUAUAUUUCUAGAUUGGGAAUCAAGAUGGGAAAGUAAGGAAUUCUCAACAAAUGAUAUUUAUGAUGAAGAUUCAUCCCAAACAGUAAUAAUAGAAAAUAAGGUAAACCAAGGUCAUAAAUGUUCAAACAUUAACAAUGACUGGAAAUAUGUGGAGAAUCUGGACGAAAAGCAUGGAUGUCAGGUUGACCAUGUCAGACCAGUGAGCCUCACCUUGAGAAAAAACCCCACUGGGGAGCAUGCUUACAAAUACAGCACACUUAGCGACAUCUUCCAUUUGAAGUCUACUCUCUCUGAACCACAGAGAAUUUCUGCCAAAGGGAAAUCACAGAAACUUGUGUUGAAAAAGAGCUUACCAAAGAAGUCAGUUAAGGAAAGUGAGCAAACCGAUGACAAAAAGACACUUUUGAAUUAUAGUGGAAGUGUGACAGCCUUUAGCCAGAGCAAAUCUCUUGUCCUUCAUCAGACUUACAAUAGAGAGAAGAUCUAUACAUGCAGAGAGUGUGGAAAAACCUUUGGCAAACAAUCAAUUCUCAAUCGCCACUGGAGAAUUCAUACAGGAGAAAAACCCUAUGAAUGUCAGGAGUGUGGGAAGACAUUUAGCCAUGGUUGGUCCCUAACUCGACAUCAGGUAAGCCACAGUGGAGAGAAACCCUACAAAUGUAUUGACUGUGGGAAGGCCUUUAGCCAUAUCUCAUCCCUGACUAAUCAUCGGAGCACUCACACUGGAGAGAAACCAUAUGAAUGUAUGAACUGUGCAAAGUCUUUCAGUCGUGUUUCACAUCUCAUUGAACAUCUGAGAAUUCAUACUCAAGAAAAACUAUAUGAGUGUCAAAUUUGUGGGAAGGCUUUCAUUCAUAGAUCAUCUCUCAUUCACCAUCAGAAAAUCCAUACCGGAGAAAAACCUUACGAAUGUAGUGAAUGUAGAAAAGCUUUUUGCUGUAGCUCACACCUUACUAGACAUCAAAGAAUUCACACAACAGAGAAACAGUAUGAGUGUAACAAAUGUCUGAAAGUUUUUAAUAGGCUCUCUUUUCUUAGUCAACAUCAGAAUAUUCAUAAUGAAGAAAAACCCUUUGAAUGUCAGAAAUGUAGGCAGUCCUUCAACCAGCCUGAAUCACUGAAUAUGCAGUUGAGAAAUCACAUUAAAUCGAAGCCUUAUGAAUGCAAUAUAUGUGGGAAAGACUUCAGGUACAGAUCCUCCCUGCUUCAGCAUCACAGAAUUCAUACAGGAGAGAAACCUUAUGAGUGUAUUAAAUGUGGGAAGACCUUUAAUUGUAGUUCAAACCUUACUGUACAUCAGAGAAUUCAUACUGGAGAAAAGCCAUAUAAAUGUAAUGAAUGUGGGAAAGCUUUUAAUAAAGGCUCAAAUCUUACAGUCCACCAAAGAACACAUAAUACAGAGAAACUCAAAGGUGCGGUAAGCAUGGAAGAGUCUUUAUAUGAGCAAUUGUAGUUAUGAAAAGUCAUGUAAGAGAGAGACUCCUUGAAGCAGUACUUGCCAUUAUAAAUUUGAGUCACAGCUCCUUAAUUCAACAUCAGAAGCCUUUUAUGAGAGGAAAAUUCAUGGAUUGGUGGAUAUGGAAGACCUUUAGAAAUGAUGAAAAUUUUGUCAGAGUUCAUACUGUGGAGAAACCUUAUAUGAAGACAGUAAAUAUGGGAAAACCUUUGUUAAUAUUUAUCCCUUAACUGAUGUAAAAAGCCUCACAGUAUGCUAGAAAAAAGUAUAUAUGUGUUAAAUAUGGGAAAACUGCAGACAAUAUGAAUCUUUUUUUUUUUUUUUUUUUUUGGAGACAGAGUCUCCUUGUAGCCCCAGAUGACCUGGAUCUAUGUAGACCAGGCUGGCCUCAAACUCACAGAGAUCCACCUGCCUCUGCCUUCUGAGUGCUGGGAUUAAAGGCAUGCACCACCAUGCUUGGCUUCAACAAUAUGAAUCUUUUACAGGUUCACAGGAGCAAAGUUUUGGGAGAUAGAAAAAUAGAAAUUAUGGGAAUUCCAUCACAAGUGCAUUCCUCAUUCUGCAUCAAAAGAACUUAGAGCAGAGAGAAAUCUGAUGUAAGAAAUGUAACAGUGCUAAUGAAGGGUUAUCUUGUUAGGCAUCAGAUCAAUGGUCAGGUGACCCAAAGGACAUAGGAAUUAUGUGUAAUCUUUCUUUGCAGUGAUGCUGAGUUCUACUGGAGAGUAGACAAGCAUAUUAUAAAUAAAUAUGCAUUUUUAUAGCACCACCUUGCAUUUUCAGUGGAUCCAGGAAAUGUUAUGUCAAAAAAAUCAAAGCUGUAGAAGAAUGAUGUUAAUAAGGAAUUUUAGUCUUUAAUAAAAGUCAUUUUGUGUAUCAGAAGCUU